CGGAGAGAAGCAGCAAGGGCAGCAGGGUGGGGCAAUAGGAGCUGCCCAGGAAGCAGCAAAAGGGGACGCGGGGCUUGGAGGGACGCAGUCCUUGGCUCCCCCCACCCGCAGCCACCUCCGUCUCCUCCUCCUCCUGUCGGGGCAGGGCGGGGACUCGGAGCCCCGCUCGCCGGGCAGAACGCGCGGAGCUGCUGCGGGGCACACGGCGAGGGCUCCAGCCGCCCCAUGGCCCCGCUGCUGUUGGCGCUGGCCGCUGCCUCCCUCGCUUGGACGUGCGCGGCCGCCCCGUCGGGGAACCGCUUUUCCGAGGCGCGGGUGGCGCGCUGGGCGGCGGCGGCGCUUCGGCACGUGGCGGCGGCGCAGUGUCCCGAGCGCGGUGGGCUCUUGCCGCGGCCGCAGUGCCAGCGUCUGGCGCGCCUUUCCCAGGGGCCUGGGCCCGCCGUCUAUGUCUCCGAGCCCGCCCGCCCGGGCCACAAGGUGCGGGCGCUGCUGCCCGACGGCUGGGGAGACAGGCCCGGAGCUCCGCCCUUCGUGGCCGGCCGAAACCAGAGCGGCAGCCCGCUGCGCCCCACCGGCGCGCCCUCCGCGCAAGACGCCAUCCUUGUUCUGGACCCCACCCCGGGCGCCAACUUCGGCCACCCGCUCCUGCUCUUCUAUGUCGACUUCAACGUCAGCCCGCGCCGAUGCCGAAGCCGCGACAGCCUCUACGUGGGCGGCUACGAAUGUUUGAUUCCAGCCCAGAGGAGCCGCUGUGAGAACCAGCUGAAGCGCCGGCCGGGUCGUGGCAAGGCAAGGAGCCAGCGGUCUGCGGGACGCAUCCGCCGCGAGGAGCCCCCUGUCGGUCUCUGUGAGAUCCAUUUCCUGCCCAUGGUAGUGGUGGCACAGGACCCCAAACACCUGCAAAAGCUGAACUGUGUAGAUCUCCGUGGAUACAGCCCCUGCCCGGAGCCCCUGCCCCUUGCGAGCUCCAGCUCCACAGCUGCUUACUGCGAACUCAACAAGAACACGCGGCGAUGCCACCGGCAGCAGCUUCCACUGCACAAGUCUUGCCGCAUGUACCAGACAUGUGACCACGCUGUGCUGAUUGCAGGAGGCUGGCAGGAGCAGGUCACCUACCCCCGCCAUGCGCAGAACCUACUGCUCUUCUACCAGAUGCUUCGACGGAACGGCUUCCGCCAAGAGCACAUCAAGGCCUUCUUCGCGAGCGAGGGGCAGGCCUCAGUGAAUGUGGAGAUGGGCGACGUGCACCCAGCCACCGAGAAGCUGGCCAUUCGCUCCCACCUGGCCCUGGUCUGCAGGAGCCUCCACUGCGCCGACUCGCUGGUGCUCUACCUCAACAGCCCAGCAGCCAGCGAUGGCACCAUGCUGCUGUGGGAUGCCAACCGUAAUGGCAUUGCAGAUCCUAAGGAGCGGUACCCGAUCUCGGAGCUGCUAGCAGACUUGGAGAGCUGCAAUGCUCGCCGGGUUCUCCUCUUCCUUGACCAGAGCUAUCCGGGGCCACUGACAAAGAAGCUGCGGGCAUCACGGCGCCAUCACAACGUGGUGCUCAUACGUAGCCCCACCACUGCCACUGCCACCACUACCGCCAGCGGUGGGUCGGCUUUUGCAGAGUUUUGGGCCGGACUGCAGCCUGACCAGUGCCUCCUCCAGCAUUUGUUGCCGGUGGGUCCGUGGUCUGCAGUCUUUGGCUCGGGCACCACAGCCCAGCUGCUCAACGUCUCAUUAGCAGGGGCGCCCUGCCACUCUGUGCCACCCCUGGGGGAAGAGGAGCGCCAGCGCCGCUACCAAGGCUGCCAGAACCUUCCCACCAUGUUGUGGUACCAGAGCAGGCACCAGCAGCUGCAGCAGGAUGACGACUGAGCCUCAGCAGGGUGCUGCCUUGGGACUUAACUCAAGAUUGGAGCCCCACUGACCCUUCCCCCCACCCCCCAUGAGGUUCUUCUUGGCUUUGGAGGACAUGGGUGGCGUUAGCAAUAGCUAACAGACAGGAUUGUUGCUGUGCAAACUGCCGCACAGGACCCUCAAAAGCCGUUUCCGGCAGCCACAGCUAAAAGGGGAAGCCGGGUACACAG